GGGCCGCUCCAGGCGACCGUUGGGCGGCCUGCCGAUGUCCCUCCCUCAGGACGUCCCCCCACCCCCGAACCGCUCUCGCGGCAGCGACCCAUGUGGGAGUUCAGGCUCCUGCGGUCGCCACCGCUGCUGCUCCUCCUGCCGCAGCUCAGCCUCGGAAUCGCCGCGUCCCGCUCGCAGGCCGACACCAUGAACCUGGGCGGCGGCAGCGGUGCGCGGUUCUCCCAGUCGGCGGAGGGGCGCCGGCCGCAGUGCCUGCAGCUGUCCACGGUGCCGGGAGCUGAGCCGCAGCGCAGCAACGAGUUGCUCCUGCUGGCGGCGGAGACAGCCGGGGAGGGACUGGAACGGCGGGCCCUCCCUGGGGACCCGGCGAAGGAGGAGCCGCAGCCAGCGCCCCAGCAUCACGUUGUCUAUUUCCCGGGGGAUGUGCAGAAUUACCAUGAAAUAAUGACUCGUCAUCCUGAGAAUUAUCAGUGGGAAAACUGGAGUCUAGAAAAUGUGGCCAACAUUUUAGCCCACCGGUUCCCCAAUAGUUACAUUUGGGUGAUAAAGUGUUCCCGAAUGCAUUUGCACAAAUUCAGCUGCUAUGAUAAUUUUGUGAAAAGUAAUAUGUUUGGUGCUCCAGAACACAAUACUGACUUUGGAGCUUUUAAGCACCUUCAUAUGUUAUUAGUUAAUGCUUUUAACUUAAGUCAGAGCAGUUUGUUUUCAAAGAAGAAUGGGAAAGAUUUGAAUCAGGACUCCAGAGCAUCCAAUUGUAGUUCCAGUUCUUCUCACACUACUAAUGGUUGCCAGGGAGAAAAAGAGAGGACCUGUGAAAAAUUUGAUGAGUCCACCAUGAGUUUUUACCCUCCAUCACUAAAUGGUGCUUCUUUUACUUUGAUUGGAUUCAGCAAAGGUUGUGUUGUUUUGAAUCAAUUGCUUUUUGAAUUAAAAGAAGCCAGGAAAGACAAGAACAUAGAUGCUUUUAUCAAAAGCAUAAGAACAAUGUACUGGUUGGAUGGUGGUCAUUCUGGAGGAAGCAAUACUUGGGUUACUUAUCCAGAAGUCUUGAAAGAAUUUGCACAAACAGGAAUUAUUGUUCAUACCCAUGUAACACCUUACCAAGUAUGUGAUCCAAUGAGAUCUUGGAUUGGAAAGGAACACAAGAAAUUUGUUCAGAUACUUGGAGAUUUUGGCAUGCAAGUGACUAGCCAAAUUCAUUUUGCAAAUGAAGCUCCUUCCAUAGAGAAUCACUUCAGGGUUCAUGAAGUAUUUUGAGACUACAAGAACAUUAAUGUACUUGUUAAGAAGAAAAGAAUCACUUUGAGUGUUAAUAUUCAGAUAGUGAGAUCUAAUUCAUAGAUGCACUGUCAGUUUUUCUGGGGGCUGGGGGGAGGACGCACACAUUCCUAAAGAGUAUAAUGUGCAGUAGUUUUCCUUGCUUGUGAAUGUUAACAGUUUUUAAUUUGGAUUGGGUUAGAAUUAGUUCAUUUGAAAAGUAAAAGGUGAUUUGUGAUAAUCCUACAAGGAGAUACAAAACCCUUAAGAAUGAAAGUUAUGAUACAGGCCUUCUAACAGGUAAUGAAAAUUGUUAUUGUUGGAAAUAGUUUAUUUUCUGAAUAGUAAUGUUUGGAACUAAUUUUGGUGACACUAACGGUAAUUAGCUAUUUUGGCACUCAAAACUCCAUUUUUCUUCAAAUAAAGCAAAGGCACACUGAUGUUUUCAAUAAUUUUCAAAUAGCCAUACCCUGCUUCUUAUGUUUUAUAAACUCAUAGUCAUUCUUCAAUGUGCCACCAAGUGUUUUUUCUCAAGAGUCAAAAUGUAUGUUUCCAAAUUUCCAAAAACACGUAGUAGUGUACAGUUGGUUUUUGAAAACAUUACACUUAAGCACUGUGGCUUAAUUUUUAAUUGACAACUUUUAGAUAAGACAUUUUGGAGUUUGUUGACUCUUGGCCAAAAACCAGUUCUUUUGGAAAAUUGUUUUAUAUAGAACAUAAUUAGGGAUAUGCGUAAAAAUAUACUACAGAUUUAAAAUCUUUUCAUCAUAUCAGUCUUUUGAAAGAGAUCAACUUAGGUGAAAUAAAUAUAUAACACUCUAUUUGUUAACUGCUCUAUUGAAAAGGAGGCAGAUUCUAUACAUCUAGAAGCUUGAUUUUGUCUGCCAAAAGAAAGCAGCUCUCUUUGGCCAAAAUGCAAAAUUAUAUUGCUGUAAGAAAAGUUACAAGGGAAAGUUUGAAGACACAAAUGAUUUAGUUUUGGCUCAAAAACUGAAUUUGCUUAACACUGCUACAUAAUUUGGGUGAGGUUUCCUUCUGCCUGUUUUUCUUGACCUAGAUAAAUACAUUUUGAGAAACCAAGAUCUGAUGAAUGUCAACCAACAUUGACAGCUAUAUGAUUAAAAUAAAAGGUGAGCAGUCACUUUUUUAUUACUCAUUAAUAAUUAGCUUUUUCAGGUCAUGAAUUAAGCAAGGAUUGCCACUUUCAGACUGAUAAAACAAAAAGACACUGAAGCUUAAUAUCUUAAUAACCCAGAGGACCUAAAUUUAUAAAAUAUAGAAUUAAAAUGUUAAUCUCUUGGUUUCUUCCCAGAAUUAUAUUUUAAUAACUAUAUAAUACAUUCCAAAUACUUAUAAGAAUUUUUGCUUACCAAAUGCUUAGAAAUAACAUCCCUUAAUUCUAUAAAGUACAGAAUACUAUCUUAAAUUUUUAAGGACAAGGUAGUUUCUAUUGGUUCAGUUUCUUUAAAUACCCGUUUUUGAGACCAAAAACUCCCAAUAAGGAAACAAGUCAGCCCGAUUCCAGCAUUUUAUUACCUAAUUUUAAAGUACUAUGAUGAUUGGAUGGCUUCUUUCAAUGUUUAAUAAUCCUUGGUUAAACUCAUGUGUAUCUCAUGUUAAGUAGCUGAGUUACUGAACGCACUACCACGGGGGGAAGGAAAGGCACUUAUUUCACAGGAUUAGCUAGAAUGGAGAAGUGGGACUUUUAGCAGAAGGAUUCAUCUAAAAAAUCUGGGUUCUUUAGUUGUCUAGUCCUAUGACUGCUUAAUGAUAAUUGUUAUGUGUUCCCUGGAACUGCCGCUACAACAGGAGAGUGUUGAAAGUAGAAAUAUUUUCUUGAAUGAAACUAUAUUCCAGUUGAUCCAUAUUCAAAUAUUUAUGACUUCCAAUUUGUUCCUUCUCUGCAUUUGUUUAAAACUAUUGUAAACGUUAGUGUAUCCCUUUGGAUUGUGCCUUUGUGUUUGUGUCAUGAGAAUCAACUGAGAAGUCAUACAGAUAAUGUGAAAGUUGUUACCGCCACAGCAUGAAUGUACAGUUGUAUUAAAUUUAAUCCGGAGAAGUC